AUGGGAGGGUUGGAUAACCGGAAUACAAGAAGUUUGGUCAACUUUUGUAUUGUCUGCCUCUUCCUGUGUAUUCAAUCUGUUGUCGCACAACCAGGAUUUGUGAGCAUACAUUGCUGUUCUGAUAAAGAUUUUGUUGAGCCAAAUACAAGUAUAAACUGGAUACCAGAUGAUUAUUGGUACCCUGAUAAUCGAAGUUGCCAAGACACAACGCCAGUGCAAGACGAUACAGGCUACAAUAGAGCAAGAGUUUUCGACUCAGGUCUUGGUCAUAAAUGGUGUUAUAACUUGACCACAGAGAGGGAUCAAGACUACUCGGUAAGGGGUACAUUUCUUUCUGGGGACCAUCAAAGGCGACCUUCAGGAUCUGGCUUCAAUGUCUCCAUUGAUGCCACGGUGAUAGGCGUAGUGAAGUCAUCAGGUGAAUCGAAGGUUGAAGGGAUUUUCAAAGCAACCAAGGACUACGUUAACUUUUGCUUGCUGCAGGGCCAAAGGGUACCAUACAUUUCAAAGCUUGAAUUGAGACCUCUAACUUCUGAUUAUCUGAACAGGGAUCCCUCUAGUGUGCUCAACCUUAUUGAUAGAGUAGAUGCUGGAAAUGAAGGAGGGGAUAUCAGGUACCCUCUUGACCGGUAUGAUCGAAUCUGGAGGGCAGACAAAUACAGUGAUCCAAUGGCAAACCGCAUAUCAUCAUCUAGUGUCAACGUUACCAGGUCUUCUCCCAACCCAACAUUUCCUCCAACCGAAGUGUUACAAACAGCUCUUACCCAUCCAGAACGACUGGAAUUCUCUUACAACAACCUAGACUCGGACUACCACCGUUACGACCUAUUACUCUACUUUCUAGAACUCAAUGACCAAGUUAAAGUUGGGCAAAGGGUGUUUGAUGUGUAUGUCAACGAUGCAAAGAAGACACAAGUAGAUGUAGCGCUUAGUGGCACCUUUAGAUUUGUCGUUUUAAUUGUCACGGCCAAUGGAUAUCUAAAUCUUACCAUGGUUAGGCUCUCCAACGGGUCACAAUAUGGACCUAUAAUCAGCGCCUAUGAGAUUUUGCAGGUUCACCCAUUGAUUCAAGAAACAGGCCGCGAAGAAGUGGAUAAUAUUAUUGAUGUGAAAAAUGAGUUCUUGAGAGGCAAUCCAGACAAUGAGCUUCUUGCGAGUUGGUUAGGGGAUCCUUGUCUUCCUAUUUCAUGGCCCGGAUUGUCUUGUGAGCUUGCUAAUGGUACCUCAGUCAUCACCACGAUGAAUCUUUCAUCCAGUAUGCUAGGCGGACCACUACCUCCCAGCCUUACUAAGCUGUUCAAUCUGAAGGAAUUGUAUGGAUACGAGUCACACCAGUCUCGUGGGAAACAUUACAGAGCUAGUAACCUCACUGCCAAAUUUGACAACGCUGUAAGUUCUUCUCCUUCUGCCCGCAGAUAUUAUGACAGCAGUCCGUAUCUCAGCAAUAGGCUUCCAGCCAGCCUUAGAAGAUCCAAUCUCACCACAGAUAAGGACAAAUGUAUCCAUCAGGCUUCCAGGCACUCAGCAAGGGGAGUUGUGAUAGGCGUGGUUACGGGAGUAUGUAUCCUAGUUACCAUUGCUAUAGGGGCAAUCUUGGUUUGCAGGAAAAAGGGAAAAUUGAUUUUCAAGAGAAAGUAUGAUGCAAACGGGUUAUCAAUGACAAAAAAUGCUGUAUAUUCAGUACCCAGCACAGAUAUCAUACUGAGGUCCAUAUCCAUCCAGAGUUUCACUCUACAGUACAUAGAAGCAGCAACCCAGAAGUAUAAAACAUUAAUAGGUGAAGGAGGAUUUGGAUCUGUUUACCGGGGUACUCUUCCUGAUGGCCAAGAAGUGGCUGUGAAGGUCAGAUCUGCCACAUCAACACAGGGAACACGUGAAUUUGACAAUGAGCUGAACCUGCUCUCAGCUAUCCGUCACGAGAACCUGGUCCCGCUGCUUGGUUACUGCUGUGAAAAUGACCAGCAAAUUCUUGUUUACCCCUUCAUGUCUAAUGGCUCCCUACAAGAUCGUUUAUAUGGAGAAGCGGCAAAGAGGAAAAUCCUAGACUGGCCGACCAGGCUUUCCAUAGCUCUAGGAGCUGCACGAGGUUUAACAUACCUUCAUACAUUCGCUGGACGCUCUGUAAUACAUAGGGACGUGAAAUCAAGUAACAUACUCCUGGAUCAGAGCAUGUGUGCAAAAGUUGCAGACUUUGGUUUUUCAAAAUAUGCACCUCAGGAAGGAGACAGCGGCACCUCUUUAGAAGUAAGGGGUACAGCAGGAUAUUUGGAUCCAGAGUACUACUCAACCCAACAUCUGUCAGCUAAAAGUGAUGUAUUCAGCUUCGGAGUUGUAUUAUUGGAAAUUGUAAGUGGUCGUGAACCUCUCAACAUAAACAGACCGCGAAAUGAAUGGAGCUUGGUUGAAUGGGCCAAACCCCGGAUAAGGAACUCAAGAAUUGAAGAAAUCGUGGAUCCAAGCAUCAAGGGAGGGUAUCAUGCAGAGGCAAUGUGGAGAGUGGUGGAGGUGGCUUUGGCAUGCAUUGAACCUUAUUCAGCCUAUCGACCAUGCAUGGCCGACAUUGUCCGGGAGCUUGAGGAUGCGUUGAUCAUAGAGAACAAUGCAUCUGAAUACAUGAAAUCAAUUGACAGCUUUGGAGGAUCAACUCGAUAUUCCCUAGAGAGGCCAAUUGUUAUUCUACCCACUCCCAACCAAACAGAAGCAUCCCCAAUCCUAUCACAACCACCUCCUCCACAACCGAGAUGACCAUAGGAUAAACAGGAUUCUUCACUCAGAGGCCAUUAUCAGUGUAGCCAUUUCUCUUCAUAGUGACAAUGGGAAACUGGAGGAUGACACCUGAACUCUACUAAUGAAGCGCGCUACUGAGUCUUAGCUCCAAUCCCCUAAACUUGCAAUCAAUGUAACAUUUGCUUACACUUCCUACCUUAUGUAUUGCGGGCACCAAGCUACUCCGGAUGCUAGUAGACCACAAGACGACAAAAGCUUCAUGAAAGUUUAUAUGGUAACUGACUGCAUCUAUAUGUUACACCAGAAGAUGAUAGCACUAGUAAACAAUUCCUCAUCAAUUAUCCAGGCAACUGAGUAGAUAUCCUAAUAGCAAUUAGCACUUGGAA